AUGAAUAACGACAAUACACAACGAAAUUAUGGCUACGAUACAACAUCAGACUCUAACGUUCAUUACGUUCCAAGCCAAACUGGGACAAAUACAUAUACUCACCAAUCCGGAUCAAAUAAACGAAGGAGAAAAAAUACAUUACCGGAUCAAUUAUCUAAUGACUUUAUUCCCGUUUCGCGAGGGUCGGAUCAGGUUUAUGGUCAAACACAAAUUCGAGACAUGCAAACCCCCGGCUAUCCAAGCUGCAAUUAUCAACAUAACUCGAUACCAACGCAAAACAAUACUUCACAAUCCUUGACAUUUGAUACCACUGUGAAUAAUCCGGCAAUACUUAAUAAUACGCGAUCAUUAUCUAUCGAUUCGAAUCACAGUAUAUACGGUCAAAGUUCAAAAUCUUGCAAGAUGCCUAGCUCGAGUAAGAUGAGUUUGUCGCAGAAUAUCAAUCCUCAGCGUCAGACUUAUAAUAAUAUUAAUGGAAUUGAAAACCAGAAUUGGUAUUUUCAGAACAAUCUUGGUCAUACCAACCAAAUGCUAUCUAACGGUCAAUUUGCGACGCAGGAUAUUAAUCCGCUAAAUCAGGAUAUAUUUUCAAGACAGCAAAUGGCUAUGAUGGCUUCGGCGCAAGGUCAACAACGACCUAUUCAUGCAAUACAACCACAGUCUACUGAUCAUAAUUCAAUGUCACAACAAAACUAUUGGGUGUUGUCACAACCUUUUUAUAUCGCUCAACCAAUUGAGCCAACAAUUAAUAAUCCAUUACAAUCAGACCUAUCUCCCACUUUUAAUUCUAUUACCCCAGAUCCUAGAAUGUCUAUUAAUCAGACACAACAGUUUAGUCAAAAUCUCAUGGAAAUAGAUAAAGUAUUAGAUAGAUUAAAUUCAUUGAAUGAAACCGAUCAAAUUACGUUGUGUAGUAUGUGUGAUGAUAUCAUAAAUUAUAUAAAGGAUAUGAAAAAAUACGCACGAGAAAUUACAUCUGACAUUCAGCAUAGACUUUUUCAGUGUUUUCAGCUAAUACGAGAAUGUUGUAGAGAUGAUGGUAUAAAAUCUUCGAGAGAAUUAUUUCAGAUAGUUGUUGAUAAUAUUCAUCUCUUUUCAGAAUAUCAAGUGCAGAUGCAGGGACAGUUGCGGAAGUGGCUUAAUGAACUUAAUCAAAAUCAAAUAUAUUACCCUCCUCAACGAAGUGCUUCACGUAGCGAUAAACAGCCAAUAGCAGUUUCUGAUAAUACUUCUGCAAUUAUCGGAAGUCAUGGUACAUCACGGAUUAGUAAUUGUCCAACGCGACCUGUACAGUUACGUGCAACUCAGUCACAGCCUUCAUUACCAGUGGCCCAACCAAUACCACAACGACGUAAUACAAGUAGUAAUACCGAACGAAUAGAUCGUUCAAAAUGGGCUGGUAGAUUAAUUGAUCAUGCUUGGAGCUACGGAAUUUCCCCAUAUUACGUUCAAUCAGUGGUACAGCAGUCAUUUCCACAUUUAUCGGUAUAUCCACUUGCAAAAGAAUCAAUAUAUAUUUCCCAGGAAACAUUUAAUCGAAUAUGGAGGUCAGAAACUCCAAAGUUGCCAAUUAAUUCUACGCCAUCACAGUUACCUCUCACUUAUCGUCUUAUAUCACGAAGGACUAAAAAUAUUGAUAUUGAUCCUAAAAGUGAUAAGUGUGACUGGUCACCAGAGGAAGUCAGCUUUAGUGUGACUAUUAAUAAUAACGCUGUCAAACUGGAGCGUAAACAACGAAUAAUGCAUAAUGGUGUGGAGCAAUAUCAAGGAGUUGAUCGUCCAGAACGUGAAAUAUCAAUUCAAGUUUUCGCAUGGGAGAGUCAAGAGUUCGUAUUACGCUUAGCCAGACUUCAAAGACUGACGUUCGAACAUGGAUUAUCUAUUGCCAAGGUGAAACAAUCCCGUCCUAGCGAUUCCAAUGGCUCUCAUGACAUAAUACAUACCAACCCUAUUGUGAUAAAUGAAAAUUUACAUUGUAAUCCUGGCCAUGCAAUAACGACAAUUGAUGAUGACGAUGAUGUCACAGCUUACAAAAUGACAGUAAGUCUUAAAUGUCCACUUAGUAUGGUACGAAUUAAAGAGCCUGCCAAAGGUCUUUAUUGUGUACAUAUAGGGUGUUUUGAUCUUGAAACUUAUGUUCAAGUCAAUAUGGUUCAUACAAAAUGGACAUGCCCAAUGUGCAAUGGUAUUGUGACGUCAGAGACAUUACGUGUCGAUGAUUAUUUUAUUAAGUUACUCGAAAAAUUCUCAUCUAAUGUCUCGAAAAUUGCAGUCGAUUCUGAUGGAACAUGGAGUAUUGUAGAGCAGGAUGAUGACAUCGAUUCUUCAGAUGAUGAGAAUUCGAACGUAAAAAGACGUGAUCCUUCUACUAAGGAAUCUUCUGUUACAUUAAUAAACGAGGCACAAAUGCCUCAACCUAACUUAGAGACUGUUAGAGCUGACAUAAUAUCUCCUAGUGUCGAAACUGUUAGAACUGAUAUAAUAUCAUCUACUUCUGAAGUUCAUCCAGCAGCUUUAGAUUCAUUAGCAUUGGUAGCCUCUACUCAGAUGCAUUUACCACAACCACCAGAGAUGCCAGAAACUUCGUCUCAUCAAAUAUCUUUGCUAUUGGAUCCAUUGCCUUCUCCAGAUACGAAUAAUGAUGCGACUACUAAUAAUGAAUUUAAAUCUCCCUAUCGUACUCAAGAAGCAAACCCAAGUACGUCGACACCACCUAAUGAUAAAGAUCCUCCCAGUGAUAACGAUAGAUGGGAGGAAUAUGAAGAGGAAGAGGUAGAAAUAGUAUGUGAUUGGACAAUAAAUCCAUUAUACUAG